UGAGAAGGGCUCCAGCCAGGCUCCUCCGGGCCAGGGGAUGGGGGGGGGCUGCUUCCCCGGUCAAGCAGUGGGUCCACCCCUGCCAGGCCUUUGGGCCUUAUUAGACAGGAGGAAGUGGGGGUGGGGCGGGGCGGGCGCUGCUGAGCACUUCCAGCACCUUGUUCUCCCUCCCAGGGUGGGCCCUGAGCUUCUCCCCACAGUCCCUGCUCACAGCCCCUCCCCCCUGGCCACAGGAGAGCCUCCCUGGUGGGUGCUGGGAAUGGGGGGGUGACAGCCAGCGUUGGGCUUCCUCAGCCCCAGGAGGAAGAGCCUGGCAGGGCUGGCACCGAGCUGGGCACAGGGGCGCCAGGGGAGGGGGCUGGGCUGGCCCAGGAGAGCUGCCCCAGGGAGGAGAGCAGGCCUGGGGGGGAGCCGGGGAGGCGGGGCCUGGCACGAAGGUGCCAUCAAAGGGCUCUUGACAGGGCGGCCUCCUGAGCUGUGCCCAGCCUUGUGGGUUCCUGCAGCUCCUCCGUGUUUGUUCCCUCCGUGGAGAACAUUGUGAGGGUCAGAGGCGUCUCUGGGCCCUCGAUCCAAGCUGAAGAGCCAAACUUUACCUUGGUCAGUGGCAGCUGCAGGUGGCACCCAGCCAGGGUCCCCAGAGCCGGGGCAGGUGUUUGCGGGUGUCUGACGGGUCAUUGCCAGGCUGCAGGGUGCAGAGGAGGGCAGCAGGCGGCAGGCAGAGGGCUUUGGUCAGGGUUGGAGCCUUUGAUUGAGUCCAGCACAAGGUAAGAGAAGAGAAUGGACGGAGUCCUGCAGAGCUCUCAGACUCCGGAGGCCGGAGGAGCCUCUCCCAGCCGCAGUCCUGGGGAAGCCCGAAGUUGGCCUAAAUCUUCCCAGGCUCAAACAACCCCGGCCGGGCCGAGCUUGUCUCCUGGACCUCCUCAGGCCAGCGAGUCCCGCCAUUCCGGGGAGCCCGGCUCCUCCUGCAGGGCCUCCAGCUGGGGUUCCUCCCCCAGAAGCCUUUGAUGUCUGACACCCCAAACUCCAUCCCUUCCAAUAGUGCUGUUGUAAUGGACGGCUGCCGUGGCUUGUGCCCUCCCUGGGCUGGCUCGUCCCAACUGCAGUUACUUACCCAAAGGCUCCCCCUGUGUUGGCUGGUUCUUGGUCAGUGACAUGCAGGCGGUGCACAACCCCCCUAUCAGCAUCCUGUGAAGCCCUGCGGAGGGCGCAGAUGAGGAGUUCUUCACCCAGAGGGCCGUCCAGGACAGGCAUCGCCUUGCCAGGAUACAGAACGCAAAUACAGCCUCAAUGAUAUUGUCAGAUGACGUGAUUUUGAACUCAAAUCCACAUUUUCUUCCGUUAAUGUCGUGUUUUGAUUCAUGGCUCCAUCGAACAAGGCAGCUGCCUUUGGCUGAUGCUCCAGUGUUUCGCAGAGAGCCUUAGCUUUCAAACUUUUUUAAAGCAUUGAAAAUGGCUUCAGGGCCCCCUUUAUCAACAACAUGUCCCACAGGCUCUGCAACCAAAGACGUUCCUAAUUUAAUACAUUUCUUAAGAUUGAGCUGGCUAUUUCCCAUUACGGCAUUCCUCAAGGUUAUUACACAUUAACGAGUAUCAUUUUGUGGAAUUCUUUUCUAAAAGAAUAUUCUCUGUGAUAUACCAACAAAUGCCCACAAAUCCAAAUAGCAAUGUGCGCGCCACAGAGCUGGCAAGGACUGGUGGAUUGUUGGGCACCACUUCAGAUGCUCUGUUUAAUGAGGAGGACGUGUUUAAGGUGUUUGUGGUUAAGGUUAAUGCCCGUGUUUGGGUGCCAACUUUAGUCAGCAUCUGGAAGCUUGAAUUGGAUGGACUCAGGAAAGAGAAUUCCUCUUGCCAAUCAGAAAAUGAAUUCCAGGUUGAGGGUCUGUCUGACCUAGUCUAAGAGAACACCCGGACUUCUGAUAAAACCAAGAGUCGCUUAUUGGAAACAAUAUUCUGGACUGAGACCCUUGUGUGGAUUAGAAUCCAGUGUGUCACACGAGGCUAUUCAUAUUCAUGCCAGACAACUUGAUCAGUGUCUUCUCUAGUUACAGGAAUCUUUAUGAGCGAAGCUUUCCGGUGAUUUAACUGAUUUCCGGCAGCCAUUGCAGCAGCUGGUUAGGUUGGACAGAAACCUGCCUCAACACACACUGUCUAGCCCUUACCACUCUUCUGCCUUGGAACCAAUACACACUAUUGAUUCCAAGAUGCAAGGUAAGGGUUUAAAAAAAAAAGAAAAGAAAAAGAAAAAUCAGAAAAUUUCAUUGCAUAAAUUCCUUUUUCUUAGAGAAAGAAAGAGAAACUAUCAUGCCACUGAAGUGGUUUGGCCUAAGGUGUGUCUAAAUGGAGAUUUUGAACCUUAGGCCUCCUUCCUCAGAAGUCCUUGGUAUUUCCCAGAAUUCCCUAUAAUCCCACUAACAUGGAGACACAUUCUGGGGAAUGAAGUCUAAGGUUCAAAAUCUCCAUUUAUACAGGUGUCACAGUGAUGGUCUUAAAUCUCUUGUUUAUCCUCUUAGCUUGUAAACAGAAAAAAAAUGAGUGCAUAGAAAGAGUAAUCCAGAAACCAAAGGUCAUACGAUAACAAGUGACAGACAUUAACUAACAUCAGACUUCUUUGCAAUGUGAUAGUCCAUCCUCAGUGUCAAUAAACUCCAUCUCAGAUUUCAGAAGUGCCAGGCAAUUGUUUGAGAUUCAAAAACCAUCUUUUCUCAGUUAGUCAGGAAUAGGUCUCCUUUUUAGUAGAUGGUUCCCUAUUGCUUAUAGUGAUUCUUUCGAUUUUCCUACUAAAAUAUUUUAUACAGUAGAUCUCAGGACAGAUUAGUACAGCUUUUCAAAUAUUUUUAACCUCAGAAACUUUAGGUCUUUCUAUGUCUAAUUAGAACCCUUUACAUUGAACAUAACAGGAUUAUCUAGUCGUUUGCUUUCUCAAUAUUUUUCAUUUCAAUUCCAUUAGGAUUAGAUGCAGUUGGGGUUCUAACUCUAUAGAUAAAAACACACGCAACAAUGCUUUUUGGCUAAUGAAUUUCUCAACCCCAGGUUCAGUGAUUCCACAAAUGAAUUAACUUACAAGAAUCUAAUUAUCAUCCUCUGAAAACAAAAACAUGAAUGGGUGCAAAUAUACGUAAGUCAUUCCCCAUUGUAUAUAGACAGCAGUGUAUAUCCAUUGAGUUGCCUGUAGUAGAACAUAUUUUGUUGUCGACCCCAGUCAAAUGGAGAAGAUGUUACACAAACACUAGUUAUAUUUAUAUAUAUAUAUAUAUAUAUAAUAAAAAUAUAUAAAUAUAUACAAUAUAUAUAUUUAGGAAGAAUGAACUAUUUCAGGGACUUCAUCUUCAGUAUGCUUCUCUGUCAUCUUAUAUAUGGUUAAUGUUAGCAGACAGUUCCAUGACCAGUUGACUUAGUUGUUUGGGAUACAGAAUGAGCACACAUAGACUGAAACACAGUUCCAUCUUACAAUCUGCAUUAUGCUCAUAUUCUCUAUUGGCCACUCACUCUGAUUAUACACAUUCUCCAUCAAAGAAAAAUCAGGGACAGAAGUAUAACAGCAUUAACACUGGUCCUUUUAGGCCUCAGCCUCAGUGCAAAGAGUGAUUGAUUCAACACUGUUUGACUUCAGUUAAGAGUCAGAGUUGUCAAUCAGUGGCAUAGUAACAAUUCCAUUUUGCAACCAUAUUCAAGACUAAGGGGGUGGGAAAUAUUCCUGUUCAUAAGGAAAUGUGAUAAAGUGGGGAUACCGAGUCAAAAAGGGAUCCUACCCUCAUAUGUUUCGAGAAUCAUCUCCUUGACUUCUGCCAGAUAAAGAUCUCCAUCUGUGAUGAUUCUGGAUCACAUUUCCCCUGAGUAACUUGUGACUUUUCUGUGUAUUGGUGUAUUUCCAUGUGGUAUGGCAUCAUGAAAUCAUCAGAUCUGGCUACUAGCUUGUCAGUUAUCCCUCAGUCUGUCUUUUAACUCCAUCUCGUGUUCCUUGAUCCGCAGAGUUCCAGGGCUACUCUUAGAUGCUUGUUUUUUCAUAAAUAAACUGAUGUUGAAAAUGAAUGUUGAAUUGUGAUAUUUUUGUGGAAUAAAUUUCCCUCUAGCCUGGCCAAGGUCAAAACUCUAGACUUGCUAUCUAUCCCCUUGCUCACAGAUUAUGAAAUUUAAGGGAGAACCUCCCUACCUUUGUUAAGCUAAAAGGAUUAAGGUCAGGUCUGGCUAACCAUGGUGAACCGUGACCCAUUUUGAGAGUGUGCUAGGGGCUGCAGAAAGCUUCCUUGUAUGGACAAGGACCUGCUUCUCCUGUGAUAAAGUAAUGAAGGAAGAACUGGGGUCUCCUAAGUCCCCUUCCUCAAUGAUUAUUUAUGAAUCUGACAUCUCAGGAGAAGGACUGAGUGGUGAGCUAUCUAGCUAUCUAUAUAGAUAUAUAGUGAGAGAGAGAUAAGGACAAGAGACAGAGAAAGAGAAGUAAAGAGAACAGACCUGUGCUCGAGGAGAGAACUGCAUUUUUUCUUUCAGAUUGGGGAAUUGAUUGACCAUGUUAAGUGACCCGUCAAUUAAGAAAUUAAUUUUAAAUGAAGAAAUUCUGCCUCUGGAGAAUUCUAGUCAUUAUGCUGGCAAUGUCUUUCUUAUGAGUUAGGUCAAUCCCCACCCCCAAUUAAUAAAUGUUAUAUUUUUAAUAAAUGAACCCCUUUCCUCAUCAGUUACUCUUUGUAAUUAAAUAUUAAAGUGAAUGAAUGUAUUCCAUUAAUAAGUAAAAUUCAUCAUAAAGCAAAGACGAGAUAUUUGGUUUAUGUAUAUCCUACCCAGUAUUUCCCCAAAUUCCAAUAUAACACCAGUCAUUUUAGCUAGAAUCGGAGUCUGAUCUCGCAUGUCUCUGGAAUCUUUAUGCUUUCAUCUAGAUAAGAGUAUUUCAGCCUUUUAGGAAAGUAUGUAGAGAAUUUAUUUUUCCUUGUUUUCUCCUCAUUUAAUCCUGGUAAUAUUUUCCACCCAGAAUACACAGUACUCGCUACUUUCUCACAAACACAUCAUAAAAUAUUCUUACCAGAUCAAUUCUGCCAUUGGAGAGGAAUUUUUGAUCACCUUCUCUCUCCUCCACAGAAUCUCCCUCCUAAGUCGGCACUUCCUGUCUCCCUGAUUCCAUAGGGAAAAGCAGUUCAAAGUUAGAAACUUCUCCAGGUUUUCCUCUUCCAACAUCAUUCUCAUUUCAGACACAAAAUGCCUUUGUCAGUAUUCCAUUGAGUUCUGACUCUGACACUCUUCAAGGUUAGGAGUUUGGGGGUCAAUAACAUUCAAGGAUGUGGCUGUGGACUUCACCCGGGAGGAGUGGCGCCUCUUGGACCAUUCUCAGAAGGAGCUGUACAUGGAAGUCAUGCUGGAGAAUGUGCAGAAUCUACUCUCUGUGGGACUUCUAGUUCCUGGAGAAGAUUUGCUCCCCUCUUUUCAACAAGGGGAAUCACCAUGGCUGCUAGAGCAAAAAGGUACAAGGAGCUCCUGUUCUGAUGCAGAGACCAAUUUCAAAGUGAAGGACAUGUCUACAAAAGUGAACCUUUUUGUGGAUGGAUAUGGCCCCCAAAGAUUCAUGAAUGAGGGUCCCUGUGACUUCAUUUUGAGAGAAAUCUGUGACUCUAAUAUCAAGAUAAAUAAAAAUCCUAAGAGUGAAUGUGAAUUUGAUGAAACUGCAGAGAAAUUCAGACAAUAUUCAACAUUAUAUCAGUAUAAGAAAUUGACCUCAGGAUGUGACUGUUGUCAGCACAGUGGAUACAGCAAAUGCUUUCCUGAAGAAGUAGAACUUAUUCAGACCCAUGAGAAAUUUCCUGAAAUGCCCAUGUAUCAAGGUAAUCUAGAGGGAAUGACCUUCAGCUGGAGUUUAGACCUCAUUAAAUAUAAAAAAAGUAAUACUGGAGAGAUGUUUUUUGUGAGUAAUAAAGGUGGGAAAGCAAACUCUAAGCUUGGUUCUCAUCACUCUGGAGAGAAAACUUAUGAAUGUAAACAAUGUGGAAAAGCUUUCACACGGAGGGGCCAUCUUACUGAACAUCAGAGAAUCCACACUGGAGAAAAAUCUUUUGGAUGUAAACAGUGUGGAAAGGCUUUCACACAGAAGGGCUACCUUACCAUACAUCAGAGAAUCCACACUGGAGAGAAACCUUUUGAAUGUAAGCAAUGCGGAAAGGCUUUCACACUGAAAGGCUAUCUUACUAAACAUCAGAGAAUGCAUACUGGAGAGAAAUCUUAUGAAUGUAAACAAUGUGGAAAGGCUUUCAGAAUGAGGGGCCAUCUUCAUAUACAUCAGGGAAUCCACACUGGAGAGAAACUUUAUGAAUGUAAACAGUGUGGAAAGGCUUUCACACGGAAGGGCCAUCUUGCUGAACAUCAGAGAGUCCAUACUGGAGAGAAACCUUAUGAAUGUAAACAAUGUGGAAAGACUUUCAGAAUGAGGGGCCAUCUUGCUAUCCAUCAGGGAAUCCAUACUGGAGAGAAACCUUUUGAAUGUAAACAAUGUGGAAAGGCUUUCACACAGAGGGGCUAUCUUGCCAUCCAUCAGAGAACCCAUACUGGAGAGAGACCUUAUACAUGUAAACAAUGUGGAAAGGCUUUCACACAGAGCUCUAAUCUUGUUGAACAUCAGAGAAUGCACACUGGAGAGAAACCUUAUGAAUGUAAACAGUGUGGAAAGGCUUUCACACGGCGGGACUGUCUUGCCAAACAUCAGAGGAUGCACACCGGAGAGAAGCCUUAUGAAUGUAAACAGUGUGGAAAGACUUUCACACAGAGGAGUCAUCUUGCAAUCCAUCAAGGAAUCCACACUGGAGUGAAACUUUAUGAAUGUAAACAGUGUGGAAAGGCUUUCACCCAGAGAAGCCAUCUUGCUAAGCAUCAGAGAAUCCACACUGGAGAGAAACCUUAUGAAUGCAGACAAUGUGGGAAAGCUUUCACACAAAGGAGCCAUCUUGCUAAGCAUCAGAGAAUUCACAAUAGAGAGAAACUAUAAAUGUAAACUGUGGAAAGGCUUUCAUGUAGAGUAGCUCUUGCCAUAAAUCAAAGAAUCCACAUUGGAGAGAAACCUUUUGAAUGUAAUCAAUGUGGAAAGGCUUUCCCAUGAAGGGGCCAUCUUGCUAGUUAUAAGAGAAUGCACACUGGAGAAAAUUUUUAUAAAUGUAAUCAAUGUGGAAAGACUUUCACUUGGUGAGACUAUCUUGCCAAAUAUCAGAGAAUGCACAUUGGAGAGAAACUUUAUGAAUGUAACCAAUUAGAGUAGGUUUUCACCUAAAGCUCCACAGUUGAUUCAUGUGAGAAAUCCCCACAGGAAAGAAACCUUAUGAAUGAGACUGAGCUUAUAGUUGCCACGCUUAUAACUUAUUUAAGAGGAUCCACACUAGAGAGAAACUUUAUGAAUAUAAUUAAUGUGGUCAAGCCUUCAGGCAGCAAUCAUCUUUUAUUCCCAACCUGAGAAUUCCUUUUGGAUGGAAUUCUUGAACCUCUCCAGAAUGAGAAAAUGCCUUCUGAGGAGACCAGUUCCAUAUGGAUUUCCUGUAAGAAGACUCAGUUAGAGGUCAUGCCUAAUGAACUAUUGGGGGGGGUUUGAAUUGAUUCAACCAUUUUGGGUAGAACAAUUUGAAACUAUGCCCAAAAGGCAUUUUAGAAAGGAAAAGGACCUAUAUGCAUUUAAAAAAAAAUUUAAAUACCACUUUUUAGUGUGGCAAAGAAUAGGAAAGUAAGGAGAAACCUAUCAAUUGGGAAAUAGAUGAGUAAAUUAUAGUAUAUAAUUGUAAUGGAAUAUUAUUGUAUACAAAUUAAUAUCAAUCAAGAGAAGCUCAGAAAAACCUGGAAAGAUCUAUAGGACCUGAUAUAGGGGGCAGCUGGAUGGCUCAGGGGAUUGAGAGCCAGGCAUAGAGACAGGAGGUCCUAGGUUUAAAUCUGGCCUCAGACACUCCUAGUUGUGUGACCCUGGACAAGUCACUUAACCCCAUUGCCUAGCCCUUACCACUUUUCUGCCUUGGAACCAAUACACAGUAUUGAUUCUAAGACAGAAAGUAAGGGUUCAAAAAAACAAAACAAAACCUGAUGCAGACUAAAGUAAGCAGAACUAGGACAGCAUUAUUUUAUAAAGAAUGUCUAUGAAUUUAACCUUUCUAAAAAAAUCAGUGAUCCAAAACAAUCCCCAAAAACUCAAUAAAAAAUUUCUUCUGCUUUUAGAAAACGAACUGAUGGAGUCAGAAUCCAGACCAAAGAAAAAAAUUUUUUUUUUUACUUUCUUAGUUUUUGUUUAUGUGAUUUUUUGUUCCGUAAAGGUUCUGCAUGAUUGCUCAUGUAAAAUCUAUGGAAGAUUGCUUACCAUCUCUUCAGUGGCCACGGGUAGAAAAUUGAAGGCUCGAUAUUUUUUAAAAGUUGGAUUUUUGUUUUCAGUGUAAUUUGGUAAAAAAAAAAAUAGAAUACCCAGGGUUGGAGGAGAAGAGAGAUAUGAUCAGUAGAGAACAAUAUUCUUCCUGGAAUGAGAGAAAAGCAAAUUAAAACAAGUCUGGGUUACCUACCCCACUCCUAUGAGAUUGGCUAUCAUGACAGAAAAUAAAAGUGAGAAAAAUUGGAGGAGGGAUGGAGAAGGUCUAUAACAAUGGCUGCAGGAAGGGCUUCACUUUGAGCUCAUAGUUGACUAAACACUGGACAUGUCAUGCUGGAGUUAGACCCAAUGUAGCUAAUUCAGAAGAAAGGCCAUUUGCUGCAGCACAGACUUCAUUAGACUGCCCCACAGAAGAGCCCUCUUUAAACAACCCCAAUUUCAUACUGCAAUAAUAGGGACUUGUUCUCUUUAAUCAUAAUGUUUGUUAUUCCUCCUCAGUAUUUCAUGGCAUUUGUUCCAUUUUCUUUCCCAGUUAAUUGGCAUUUGCUUUGUUUCCUGUAGUUUGCUGAUACAUAGGAUCUUACAAACAAGCAAAAUAAGAGUACCCGGGGAAGAUUUGGAAGGGAUAGGAGCCCUAACCCCUACUGUUCAGUGCAUUGUAUCUAAAGACUCAGGCUCAUGAUGCAGUUGGCUUAUUUCUGGGUCUCAGCAGAGAUCCAAACCCUCUGGGACGAAGUAAUGAGGAAGGAUUUGAAGUCUCCAAGUCCACUUUGUCUCUUGUAUUAUGGACCAAUGAAGACUCUCAGUGGAGGUCUUAAGAUUGACAGGCCAAUCAGAGGCAGGACACAAUUCUUUAUAAGCAAGAGCCAAGUCACACUUUUUUUUCUCAGGGGGCUGGUGAAGGAGACCCAUUUUUUGUUCAUGGGAAUUUCAUGUCCUCAUUCCUAAACCAUGUUAUCCUUGAAGACGUGCCCUUAUACUCUUUAUCGAUUAGAAUCUGAACAUCAUGUAAUAAAACAGGUUAGAAGAUGAACAGAGUCCUAGUCGCUCUUCCCUCUCAUAAUUACUGACCCCCUAAUCAAUGAAUUGUUAUAAUGGAGAAGUGGGUGGAGAGGAAUUUCACUUACUCUUCACUCAUAAGGAAACCCGAAGAUUUACAAAGAGCUCUUCAAUUUUCUCUUUUCAGAUAUAGCCAAAUGGAUACUUGAUGGGUUUUAAUGAUAUUAUACAUUAUAUUCUAUUAUCAUUUUAUAACAUGUUAUAUAAUAUGUAAUAACGCUAUACAGCAGUACCUUGAUACAUGAGCACCUUAAGCACAAGCAAUUUGAGAUACGAGCAGUCACAAUUCGGAUUUUUGCUUUAAGUCAUGAGCAGAUAUUUGAAUCACGAGCUUCCUCCUAUGGGAGGAGCCCAAGGUGGAUGAGCUAAUCAGUACAAGAGAGGUUAAAGAAAUGUUGAGGAUUUGGGAAAAAAUUAAAACAGUUUAUUGAAAAGACACCCAGAAAAGGUUGCAGCAGGUCCUGCGUUGGAGCUGCGUAAGGACACUUGUUUCACACAUUAUCGGAAACGUUCUGAAAGGGAGGAAGAAACCAACUUUCAUGGAAAGGUUUUUGGUGAAAUCGAGGAAAGUGUGGCAAAACAGCCAAAAUUCAGUGAAGAAAAUGAUGAUAAGUAAAGUUUUAAAAAAAGCCAUUGAGUUACGUAUCCUAAGUAUUGUCUGAAAUCAAUUUUGCACCCACAUGUAGCAUUGUGUGGCGAGAGGAAGUUCUGUUAAGUGAUAGCGCACGAAAUGAAAACCAUCUCCUCCAGCAUCUUUGCAGGACCUUGAAGGUAAAUCACAUUUCAUAAGCAAGUUUAUUUCUUUACGUUCUUUCUUAUUAUCUAGGAAUAUGUUUAUUUGUUAUUUCUAAAGUGUAUUUUAAUAUUAAAAAGCAUAUAAGACAAAAAA